CGCCAGCCUGCAGGACCUGCUCUGGCCUCGCCACCAUGCAGCUGGGGCUCUGGAUGCUCCUGGCCGCGCAGCUCACAGCUGUCCGUGGCUUCAAAAGUUUUCAUGGCAGCUCAGGAGUUUACCUGCAGAAGCCUAAAUCCAUAAAGGUCCAGACCCAUGGGAUAGUGAUACUGUACUGUGAUGUCCAAAAUAUCCCGACCAACACACGCAUCUACUGGCUGAGACAGCGCCAGGCCCCAAGCCAGAAUAGUACCCACGAGUUCCUCGCCUACUGGGACAUCCAAAAUAAAGUUGUAUGUGGCAAGGGAGUGGAGCAGAAAAGCAUCUCCAUAAUUUUGGAUAGAGGCUGGUCCACUCUCAACCUCACGAGUGUGAAGCCUGAAGACAGUGGCAUCUACUUCUGCAUGACCAUCGGGUCCCCCAAGCUCAGUUUCGGAACGGGGACUCAUCUGAGUGUGGUUGAUGUCCUACCUACCACUGCCCAGCCCACCACGAAGUCCAUCCCCAAGAAGAAAGCGUGCAGGAAGGUAACCUCAGAAACUAAGAAGGGCCUGCCCUGUAGCUCCGUCACCUUUGGCCUGCUGCUGGCUGGUGUCCUGCUUCUGCUACUGUUGUUGGCAGUGGCUAUCCACCAGUACUGUCUUCGGAGGAGAGCCCGACUGCAUUUCAUCAAACAGUUUUAUAAAUAAGCAGAAACUACGCAUUUGUUGUCCUACCAUGAAGAUAAAAUGGUCUGUCAUGAGCAAGAUCUGGAAACAGGAGAAAGACAACCAUGAAAAUGUCACCAAUCUGCUGAAACUGCCUGCUUUUCUCUACCCUCAAAGUCAUUUCCAUGGGCUUUACACAUGGGUAUGGGAGGUAUUUUUGAGGUGACCCCUAGGAGUCUCAGAGAGAAAGCUUCAGAGCUCCAUAGCAUCUUCUGUAAGAAAUGCCACCAUGACACAACUUCCAACACCUGUGCUCACCCUGGACUGAGCUGAACUUUGGACUAAGCCACCCAAUCACCCUGGUGUGAGUUGUUCUGCCCUGGUUGGUCAGUUCUAGACCCAAGUCUUUUGGCUCCUCCUUCUUGAGGCUGAUGGUGCUCACAGAAAGCCCCAGAGAAGGAUUUUACUGGAAACAAGCCUUCUGGAGGGUGGCUGGCCUGUGCACCCCUCUCCCUCUACCCUAAAUUAUCAGUCUCUGAGCCAUCCUUUGGGACCAGGAACUGGGAGGUUGGAGAAUAAAAGGUCACUUCGACACCUACUAGGAAGUUCCUCAGCUUUCAUUUCUGCUUUCUCAUGGCUCUUAUAUUUUGUUUUGUUUUGGUUUCCCAUGGUUUCUGUUCCUUCUACUAAAAUGCCUUAUUUUAAAAAUAAAGGCCUCAGCAAAAGAUGCAAUGGCUCCUGUGAUGUGAAAGCACAAACAUCUAUCUACACAGGAAAGAUUCUGAUGCUCUCUUGACUAGAGAAUAAAAUUAAUGUGCUCUCAUUUUGUGUAGGGCUCUUCAUUUGCCCACACAAUAGAUCACACUUCAAAGUGAUUUGGGCUGUAGAUAGAGUGAAGGCUUGAGAGGGUAGGGAGUCCCAGGACACUGGGAACCAGGCAGCGGCAGCAGCAGCAGCAGCAGCAAGUCCCUGAAGGUGUUGCCUCCACUAGUGCCUCUUCCUGUCAGCUGAGACUGGAACCCUGGCCUCCAGGCUGGUUACUCUGUACCUAAAAGAAGAGUCUGGGGCGGGGGAGACAGCAUAAUGGUUAUGCAAACAGACUCUCAUGCCUGAGGCUCCUAAAUCCCAGGUUCAAUCCCCCGCCCACCAUAAGCCAGAGC